CAAAACACUUUUUUAAUAUGGUCGUAUUUUGCAGAAGCGGUUUCUUGAACAAGGUCGUUAGACGUUUUGUUCAAGGUUCAGUAUUAAAUACUAAUAAAAUGGGUACUUCAUUUUCGCGAACGUGUAAUAUAAACACCACAUCAAGCAGGGAAUCCAAUGAACGACCCGGCACCAUUUCCCGCUUAGAAUCAACCAGGAACUAUGUAGAGUCUGUAGUCUGCAACCAAGAUGACUUGAAAGAGAAUGAAAUGAAAGUCUUCGACAUUGGAGAUGAAGGAAAAGUGUUGCUCGUCAAACAGAAAGGGGAGUUCAGUGCCUUAGGUACUAAGUGCACUCAUUAUGGGGCUCCACUGGUGUCCGGGGCCCUCGGCGACGGCAGGAUAAGGUGCCAGUGGCAUGGAGCGUGCUUCAAUAUCAAAACGGGAGAUAUUGAAGAGUUUCCUGGCUUUGAUUCACUGCCCUGCUACAAGGUUACAGUUACUGAAAAGGGAGAAGUUAAGGUACGCGCCAAGAUCAGCGACCUGAAGAACAACAAGCGCAUCAAGGAGCUCGGCAGCCCGUGCAGCGCCGACGGCUCCUCCGUCGUCAUCGUCGGCGGCGGGCCCUCCGGCGCCACCUGCGCCGAGACCCUCCGCACCGAGGGCUACCGCGGCCGCAUCACCAUCGUCGCCAGGGAACACUUCCUCCCGUACGACAGGAUCAAAGUCUCCAAGAUCGGGACGGUCACAGACAUAGAAAAACUCCAAGCCAGAACCCAGGAAUACUACGAAGGCUCCAACAUUAAUGUCAUCAAAGGCACUGAGGCUGUUAAGGUAGAACCCGACGCGAAACUUGUACAUCUUAGUAAUGGCUCCAAACUUUCUUACAACUCUUUGUAUCUCGCUACCGGAUCUAAACCGCGAGUACCCGAUGUCCCCGGCAUUAAUCUUAAGAAUAUAUUCACAGUUAGAGAUUUCCAAGAUUCAAUUGAUAUUCUGAAUACUUUAGGUGACGCUGGAGAUAAGAAUGUAGUAGUCUUAGGCUUGAGUUUCAUCGGUCUCGAAAUAGCUUCCUCUUGCGCUAAGAAAGCAAAGUCCAUGAAUGUCGUUGGAAAGGAUGACGCUCCUUUAGGGCUCGUGUUCGGCAAAGAGAUAGGCCAGAGCCUCCAAAAGCUGUUUGAAGAGAACGGCGUGACGUUCCAUUUCCAAACCACAAUCGUGAAAUGCAACGGUGAAAACGGCGUUAUCAAAUCGGUGGAUCUCGCCAACGGGAUCACAUUACAAGCUGAUAUGCUCAUUCUGGGCGUGGGAACUACAUACUACACAGACUUUUUAAAAGAUACCGGUAUCGCUCUGCAACCCAACGGUGCGGUUAACGUCAACGAUAAGUUGGAAACUAAUAUCAAACAUAUUUACGCCGGUGGUGAUAUCGCUUAUGCCCCCGUGUAUAGUUACGAGAACAAACAAAUGAGCAUAGGGCAUAUUGGCUUGGCUCAGUACCACGGGCGCGUGGCCGCUUUAAACAUUCAAGAGGAAGCUCCUUUAAGAACAGUUCCUUACUUCUGGACUAUGGUAUUCGGGAAAUCUAUUCGCUACGCUGGCUGCGGGCGCCCGGCUAGCACGAUGAUAGACGGCGAUAUCGCUGGCCUCAAAUUCGUGAUUUUCUUCUUUGAUGAGAAGGACAAAGUGAUCGCCGUGGCGUCUUGUAUGAGAGACCCGGUAGUCUCCCAGUUCGCUGAGUUCCUACAUCAAGGCAAAUCUCUGUAUAAGAAGGACCUUAAAGAUGACGCUUUUGCGUGGACCAAAAAUAUUCAUUGAAUUUUAUAGAAUGUGGCUGAUCGAAUACAUAUGUGAAACUUACUUAUUCAUAAUUAUUUAAGAGAUUUUUUUAUAUCAAUUCACAAAGUCAAGUAAAUGACAACUGGAAAUUAAGUACGUAUUCGUUUUACAUGAUAUACUGAAUGUUUGAAUCGUUUUUUUAAUGUUUUCAAGCACAACAGUGAUAAAAAGUACAGAGUAAAAUUUGUGAUUAUUGAUUAAACCUGACCUGAUUGUAAACCCACUCAUGAUAAAUACAUUACUCAUGUACAAAGUCAUGCAUGUAAAGAAAAUACAAAUGUGAAAAUAUAAAAACAGAAUCUUGACAUUGUGACGCAAUGUAACACAAGUAAACUUCUAUAAAUGUGUUUCACAUUGAGUUACGUAUUUCGUCUAUUUACAAGCUCUUGAGAAGGUAAAAUGUGGCAUAUCCAUAGCAAAAUGUAGACACAUACAAUUUAAUGUCUGGUGAUGUCCAAAAAUUGUACUAAAAUUUGUACAUCGUCUUAAACUUUUCCACAUACUUAAAGCACUAAAUUAAUUUUACACUAAGUUUUUUUGUCCGUUUUUUUUUGCAGACAGGGAGAUGUUAUAUUGAAUCUAAUAUUUAUGGCCAGCGACCAUUAAUAAUAUUUUAAGAACUUUUAUCACAUUAGUGUUAAGAUUUAUGUAAGAAUUAGCUCUCCUCUCUUAAAGAAAAGAGGACAAAUGCAUUUUAACAGUUAUUAUUUAUUUGGAAAUUCCAUUGCACAGUGACUGUUGUACAAAAUAUAAACUUAAAACCAGAAGGUAUUCUUUGUUUACAAGCUAACCUUUGAGACAACAGAGAUCAAAAUAGUAAUAGUAUUAUCUGGCCCGGAUCUAAUGGGAAGCGAGAUGGGGCCCCAGAUGUCAAGUCCAUGAGAUUGCCAAAGUCAUUCUUUAGUCUUCGCCCCCCCUCGGAAAUAGUGUAGGUGUGGUGCUAAGUAUUAUGUUGUAUUCUUCAGUUAUCCUUUGUCUCUCAUUUGGUUGCAAAUAGUACACAAAUGUUACUAUGCUACUUUUGCCUGCUAACAGCUAGAUUGUAAGGCAUGAGUGUUUAGCUGAUUAGGAUAAAAGAGGGUGAUGUUUUAUCAAAGAAUUGUUACUCAGCAAAGUGAGCAUGUCUGCUAAAUGUGAUAUUAUAAGUUGAUAAUAAUAUUCUUAAGAUAUUUACAGUUGAUGUCCAUGAAUAAAGAUAUUAUUUAUGUACAGCAAA